AUGUCGCAGAUAUCCGCCCGGGAUACCCUAUCCUCAUUACAGGCGCAGUUUCCUGAGGCCCCUAUGACUCUCCGAGACGUUAAGAAUGUCUAUAGCAACGUCAAGAAGACUAUGAAUCGUGGUCUACCAGCGAUUCAGGCCAUGAUGUUGAAGCUUGGAGACGAAUACCAGUUCCAUUACGCUCUUGAUGACCAUGAUAGAUUAGAGAGAGUACUGUUCUUUCAUAACGAGUCUCUACAGCUUCUACGCCUCUUUCCCAGAAGCUACGUCCUCGAUUCUACAUAUAGAACGAACCGAUUCAAUCUCCCCCUGCUUGAUAUUAUCGGAUUCACAGCGACAAAUAGGUCGUUUGUGAUUGGCCAGGCUUUUUUGACCCAUGAAGAAGAGGAGGACUAUAUCUGGGUCUUAAGCUGGAUACGAGAUCUCUAUGAAGAAUACAGCCUGCCUACUCCUGAGUCUAUUACAACAGAUAAAGCGGGAGGCCUUCAUAAUGCCUGCGCCGCUGUUUGGCCUGAGGUGCCUCAUCUUCUCUGUCGUUGGCAUAUCGACAAAGACGUGAAGGCAUACUGUCAGAAGCAUUGGUUGGAGAGGACGGAUCACCUUUCUAAUGAGGCCAGAAGAGCUGUUAUUGAUGAGCGACUUAAGGAGUUCAACGGCUUCUGUCACGUCAACAGCUCAAGAGCAGAGAGCGUACAUCAAGCUGUUAAACAGCAAAUGAUAUCUAAACAAGCUCAUCUCAAUGACGUGGUAGACCAUCUCACAAGGUAUCUUGAUAUUCAUAACCGACAGCUUCGACAAGAACUCGAAUACGACCAGCAAAAUGAGAGGACUGAUCUACAGAAUCCUCUGUAUCACAAACUCCACGGUUAUAUCAGCUACUACGCUAUUGAUCAGAUUGAAGAGCAUCGUCGAUUUCAUAACUUGACCCUCCGAAACGCUCAUUUGCCGCUGAUAGCCUGUAAACAAGUGUUUACGACAACAAAAGGCCUACCCUGUGCCCACAUUCUGCAGCAACGAAUUCAAGAUCAUCUUGCUCUUGAGAUAGCUGAUUUCGACGCUCAAUGGAGGGUUGACCGCUUUCAAGAAGUAGCUAAGCUCGCUCCUAUUCGUAAGAUUGUCGAUCCACUGAGCGUCAGAACUCGGUAUACAAAGUCUCAAAAGCGUCAACUAUCGCUAUUCGAAGUUAUUCAGGGCCAGGUUGACUCUCUAUCUACAACAGGUUCUCGAAAAGGCAGAAAGCAGGCGAAAAGCACUCUAUUCUCAGGCAGAACGCAUACUCAAGAAGAACAAGGAGAGAGUUCACGUGCAGGCACAGCUCAGCAGCCUAUUUCGAUUGACGACAUCGAUAUAGAGGUAGAAGAGGAGCACUAUAACAGUGAAGAAGACCCUCUAGGCGCUGAGCUCUAUCGUCAGCAACGUCAAAAGACUACCCAGCCUCAGCCUGGUCUUCAAAUUCAAGGAUGGAUAAAUACUGCCGCCUCCUUCUGCAUUAACAAGAACAGUAACGCCGCCUCUUCUAUAUUCACCUUUACCAGAGCUCCGAACGCCCUCUCCAUUUGCCCCACUCGAUCUUCCUCUAUUCGAAACGUCUCCGUCUUUGCCCUCUCCGUCGUCUGUUCUAAAUGGCUAUUUUCAACCUUCUUCGCUGCCUCCUCCUCCUUCUCUGCCUCCUCCCCCCUUUCUACAGACCACAGUAUCGCCAAUGACCUCACCAGCGAAGAAACGGCCGUGCAGAGAGAGGCUACGGCCACAGAGAUAUAG